AUGGAGCCCGUGUUCAGCUUUUUUCAGCCGAUAAAUGACGGCCACCCGAAAACCUUGAGUUGGUCUCCAACCGAUGAGGGUGAAGGAGUGCCGAUAUUGAUUGGAAUGCCGGCUUUAUGGGUGAUAAUGGCCACUCAACAUCAAAUGAUCACCAAUCCGAUUGCCUAUCAUCAAACGAGAAAGAUUUCCGGUUUAACUCAAUAUCUCAUCCAAUCAAAGCAGCUAUCCGCAUUUUAUCUCCGUUCUCCAAAAGUUUCCUUUCAACUUUAUCGAGUCAAGUUGAUCAUCACUGUCAAUGAACUCCAGAAAUCGAUUUUCUUAAGCCUAUCGGAUUAUUUUAUUCCCUUAGCUCUAGAAGAUAAUCCAUUUCUUUGUCUAACCCAGAAAUGUUGCUUUACAAACUUUUUAUGCAACAAGUUCCGCUAUCGAGUGAGUGUGGCAUUUUUGAAGGAUUUUCAAGCACCCGGGUUUGGAUGGGAUUCAAUGGAAAGAGUUUCUCAUGAGGAAUUUCGCGAAAAUCUCCGACAAAGGCUUUUGUUUCAAUGGGGGAAUUAUAUUUCAGAGAAUGGAUGUGAGACGAAUAAAUCAGGUUUAUGGGAUCUCCGGAGUUUGUUGAUGAUCUUCUAUGAUUGGGAAAAGGCUUGUGUUGAUGGGAGUCACUUUAUGGCGCCCACAGAAUUCGCACACCGAAUCACGAAGAAUGAGGUUUUCCCCGGUCGAUCCCCUCCAAGCAUUCCCCGUCUGAAAUGGCAACUCGUUUACAAUAAACUCCACGACGGUCCCCUCAUCGGUUGUCCGGGUCUUUUCUUCUCCACCACUUUAUUUCAAAAGGGUUUGGGCAACAAGAGUCCGUUUCCAAUUGGCGGCAAAUCCAAUGCAGGAUAUCAUCGGGUUACAAUACCAUUAAAGUUCUUGGAGAACAAUCAAAUGUGGUAUCAAAGGAACCCCAGUCCUCGAUGGAAGGGAAACCGUCGGAAGAACUCUUUUCAAUACCAAGUCUUGCUCAUUCUCGCCGAUGAGAAAGACGCUCAACACUUUCAAAAUUUACCUAAAUAUUACGAGCCCUUCAAUUUCCGAUUACCAAAUCCAUUCUUGUAUCUGAGAAAUGAAAAAUGGUGGGCAAACAAUCAAAACUCGAUUCGGAUUGAUGAAUUGGAGAUAAGGUAUACAGUGAGUUUGGUGUUGUUGAAGGAUUUCGAGUGGAUUGAUGGGUGUGAAUGGAAAGGGGAUGUGAGGAAAUUGAAUGAUUGUACAGCGAUGAAUAUCGAUGAUAAUAUUGGGGCAAGAGAUGAGCUGGCGAUGAUGGUUUUGAGGCAAUGGGGAGGUAUU